GGCCUAGGAAGAAGGGUAGAAGAAUUUUACAGAAAGCACGGAUAUCUUCCAGCUAUUAUGCCACCUGACGAAAGUGAAAGAAGACAAGCCCUGAGGCGUUAUGGACCUCCGACUGUACGUGGAAAUGUGAAUUUUGAAAGGAUAGCGCAUUUAGUCAAAUUGGUAUUCAAUACAAAAUUGGUCUUGAUCAGCUUGGUUGGUGAACAAACUCAAUUCUUCCAGACUGAAGUGGGUGCGAAAGGACUUGGCUACACGAAAGAUUGGUUGCAAAAAGUGGCAGCACCGAGAGAUUGUUCGAUGUGCGCACAUGCAAUCUUACAACCGGCUGAUGAACCCUUGGUCGUUUUGGACACAUUGCGAGAUUGGCGAUUUGCAGGCAACCCAUUGGUGAUUGGUGAUCCCCAUAUCCGAUUUUAUGCUGGAACACCUUUGCGCACUUCUGAUGGUCAUAAUUUGGGAAGUCUAUGUAUCAUUGAUGAUGUGCCUUGGGCAGAUUUCAAUCCAAGAUUGCGACACACGUUGCGCGAAUUCGGAAGGGUGGUCAUGCGAGAGAUGGAACUCAUUCGUGAUACGAUUCAUCUUCGUACUCAAGACCGAAUGCAGCACUCAAUCGAAUCCUUCACGCGAGAAUGUAUCGAGAUGGAAUCGAUUGAAGCAGAAGACGAUAAAGAGCAUAAGCAAGGCCUGCAUCAGGUAUACGCUUUGGCAGCAAAGAGUAUGAAUGAGGCAUUGCAGGCAACCGGAGCAAUCGUUUUCGAUCUAUCACAAUUUGAGCUGAUGGAAGAACGUAAAGUACCGCCGAUGGCAGUGUUGGGAGCUUGCGAAUCACAAGCACCACCCUCUACGCGAGAACAGCCAGUACCUCUAUCAUCUUAUCAUCGAAUUGCAAACUUUCUUCGCAGGCACAGGGCAGGAUUCUUUUAUUCAUACAUUCCUGCGCCUUUUCGACAUCUUUUGCCUCCAAGCACCUCAAACCUUUUACUGGUUCCCAUCUUUGGACUGAACAGGCAGCCUUUUGCUUUGUUGUGCGCUUAUUCUCGACAGACAGACGAUGGACCAACUUUGGAAGAUUUCAAGGAAUCUGGCUUGCAAUACUUGCGCGCUAUGGGUACGAUCAUUUUGAGCGCAAUCUUGAAGAAAGACAUCAUGUUAGCGGACAAAGCAAAGAGUCACUUCAUCUCAAACAUCUCUCACGAAUUGCGCACUCCUUUACAUGGUAUUUUGGCAGCGGCAGAGCUUUUGAACGAAACAAAGUUGAAUUCAACGCAAGGAUCUUACCUAGAAACGGUUGAGGCAUGCGGAAAGAGUUUAUUGGAAUUGGUUAAUCACGUUUUAGAUUUCACGAAAUUGUCUGGAAAUUUCCAUGCAAAACAAGCAGUUGUCAAACCUUCACAACGAUGCGAUUUGGUAAAAUUAGUACAAGAGGUUUGUGAGAGUAGCUGGAUCGGUCAAAUGGCUAAAAAUCUUGAAAGUAGACAAACUGCUGGAAUUGGAAGUGCGUAUGCACAUGGAUCAGAAGUUUCAUCUUCUCAUUCUAGCUUGGAUGCUCUUGAAACAAAAAUUCCAAUCGCUGCUGGUUAUAACAAUUUGGUUGAAACGGUUAUCGAUGUUUCAAUGCGUACCGCAGGCUGGCUGGUCAAAUGUGAUGCUGGUGGAAUUCGAAGAGUUUUGAUGAAUUUGAUCGGUAAUUCACUCAAAUUUACAACGAAAGGAUUUGUUCAUGUUUCCUUACGCGAAGUUCAAAGUAGCGAAACGCAUGUAUUGGUCGAACUUGGAGUUACAGAUACCGGUAAAGGUAUCUCACGUAGCUUUUUGGAAGAGCAACUAUUCCAUCCUUUCACUCAAGAAAAUCACCUCGGUCCAGGUACAGGAUUAGGUCUCUCUAUCGUGAAUAGCAUUGUGCAGUCCCCUGCGAUCAACGGAAAGAUUGACGUUUGGAGCACCGUUGGUCAAGGUACCGAAAUUCGGGUCACAUGUGAACUAGAACUCUGCAAAGAUGACGAGACUGAAGGACCAAUCUACAAACCUUUCUUGAACGUUGAACAUCAAAGAAGCAUAAGCUUCUUGGGCUUUGAUGAAGAGUUGCGCGGUCAAAGCGAUCUUAAAGACGUCCUACGAAGUUACUUUGAAGAUUGGUGGAGAUUUGAAUUCCUUGACAAUAUCGAAAAGGGAGAUAUGAUUCUGAUCAAUGAUGACUUGAGUCUGAUCAGAAAAGUCCUCGACGUACGAUCAGCACCUCUUCCGCCCAUUAUCUUAUUGACUGGUGCACGAGGAAGUUCGAUAGUGGAAGAAUUAUGCGACGAAUAUCAACAAAGUGGUGGUGUUGUUCGUCUGCUUUUCAAACCCGCAGGACCGGCAAAAUUGGAGGCUGUAACAGAUUUCUGUUUGCAAUGCUUCGAAAGAGGGCAAGCAGGUUUGCCUAUGAUUGAUUUGAACAGUGCACACACAACUCCACUCCCAAGUCCUGCAGUCAGCAGAGAGGAUGGCAAAAGACAGGAUUACUUUGCCAAUGCGGACAAUGUGACAAAUGAUGACGCAGUCACACCGAGAGGGCCUCCAGCAAUUUCCACUUCUACCGCUACAGAUGGUGUCGUGCCUCGACCAGGUAUGAGACCUAAAUUGAGCAACGAUUUACGAAGGAAUUCGCAUCACAUCUCUCCCGGCCCUCCUACUUCGGCUGAUUCUGCGCUCAUCCGCAGGCAUUCUUCAGAGGGAAGAACAGCAGCGGCCAAUAAUAAAAGAUUGCAAAUCCUUAGCGUUGAAGAUAAUAGUAUCAACAGAAAGGUCUUGGCAGCAUUUUUUGCCAAGAUGGACGUUGAUUUGGUUGAAGCAACAAAUGGUGAAGAAGGUGUUCGUACGUUUGAAGCUUAUGGACCUUUCCAUUUUGAUGUAAUCUUUAUGGAUUUGUCUAUGCCAGUCUUGGACGGUAUUGGCGCAAUGACUCAAAUUCGAAAGAUUGAAGCUGAGCGUUUCAAGAACGAGCAAAGCAAUACGAUGGCUUGGGCAAGAUCAAAAAUCUUUGCAUUGACGGGAAGAAGUUCGGAUGAGGAUAAAAGACGUGCGUUUGCGAUGGGCGCAGAUGGCUUCAUCGUUAAACCGCUCAGUUACAAGGUUCUUUCUUCGCUCAUACAUACCAUC